UCUCUCUCUCUCUCUCUCUCUCUCUCGGUAUAUACUGUAAUAUAACUCGCUCCUCUUCGCCAUCUACUGCGAAACAAAGAGAGAGAAGAGAGAAGUUUGUAGCAUGUUGUAUAUGCUAUUGUGGUAACGGGCGGCGGUGGUAGCAGCAACGGCGGAAUAGCGGCGGCGGAGAUGGCGGAGGCGCAAUACGAGAAAGCGAAGAUAUCGGUGUGGUGGGACAUAGAGAACUGCCAAGUCCCGAAAGGUUGCGACCCACACGCGAUCGCUCAGAACAUAAGCUCCUCACUGGCCAAGAUCAACUACUGUGGCCCCGUCUCCAUCUCUGCCUACGGCGACACCACUGGUAUUCCCUCCUCCGUCCAGCAAGCCCUCAACAGCACCGGCAUCUCCUUAAAUCACGUCCCUGCAGGUGUUAAAGAUGCGAGCGACAAGAAGAUUCUGGUGGACAUGUUAUUCUGGGCGGUGGACAAUUCUGCGCCUGCUAAUUAUUUGUUAAUUUCUGGUGAUCGAGACUUCUCCAAUGCUCUGCAUCAGUUGCGCAUGAGGAAAUACAAUAUUCUCCUAGCACAACCUCAAAAAGCAUCUGCACCACUUGUAGCCGCUGCAAAGACUGUAUGGCUCUGGACAAGUCUCCUGGCUGGAGGACCACCGGUAUCACAUGGUGACUUACGUCAAUUUGUUGAUAGUGGCUCUAGCAAUUUACCCAAUUGCGAUUCGUUACAUAUUCCAGUUUCUAAUCAUAGUCAGAUAAACCAAACUGUGGAAACCCCCCCUCAUUUGGGAACUCAGAAGUUUUCAAAUAUGGGAAGGGGAAUGGAAACUAAACAGAAAGGGAAACCAAUUCGGAGAAACCCGAGUCAACCAAAUAUUUCAAGUACUUCAAGUGUGCCAAUAGGGGUUCAAGAAAAUCAGAACAAUGCAAAUGCCCGGCAACCUGGAUAUACACAACGUAUGCAAUUCAAGGACCCCCAGGAACCAUCUAGUGCUUAUAAUCCCAGAAUCUCCGUAAGUGGACCUGCCCCAAACUUCAUUCCUGGCAAUUCUGACCUUUCCCGGACCAACAGUAAUAACCUUCAGAGCACUUAUCAAAAUCAUUAUUCGCACCCUGUAAGACCAAACCCACACAGCCAUGCAUCUCAUUUUAUGCCUCUGAGGCCUGAUGGACCAGGCUGUACUUCAGGUCCCCCAACAAAUGUGCCUGACGUCGGUAAACCAACUAUUUCUGGAUACCCCAGCAGUGAUUACAGACCUUCUAUUUCUCAACCGCGAAACAGAGUAGAGCCGAAACAAAGUAAGAUAAUUGAGUCUCCGAAUCAUGUGAACUUAAACGGUCUUCAAGGAGGACAUACUGUGCAUAACACACCAUCAUUUUACCAUGACACACCAAACAACAGGUACCCGAAUGGUCCAGAAUUUCUUCCAUCAUCUUCCUCGGCUACAGGUACCACUAAUACCUCUGGUAAUGGUGUAUGGGGAACUCCAGGAUUCCCCAAACAUUCAGACUAUGUUAAAGGCCAAAUCGGGUUAGUUUUACUUGCCUUGAAUACCCUAAAAACUGAGAAGAUCAAGCCAACUGAAGAAAAUAUAGCUGAUUGCAUACGUUAUGGAGACCCCAAGCACCGCAAUCCUGACGUUAAGAAAGCCCUAGAGAGUGCAAUUGAGCAGCAGCUGGUAGUAAAGCGGAAUUUAGGUCCUUUGCAAGUAUAUGUCGGUAAGAAUGAAAAACUAUGGAGCUUUGUGAACCCCACAAGGGGUAAUCCCGAGCACUACCCAAAAACAACUUGGGAUGAAAUCCAAUUUUUUUUAACAUCCUCUGCUGGACGCUCUGCAAUAAUGGCUUCUCAAUGCAGGUAUGAAGCAGCUACUAUUCUGAAGAAGAUGUGCCUAAAAGAGCUUGCUUUGGGUGACAUACUUAAGAUUUUACACCUGGUGAUAAACGCAAAGAAAUGGAUCACGCAUAAUCAAUCAGGGUGGCAGCCGGUUAACAUCACUCUUGCAGAGACCAUCUCUGAUUGGGUGCUGUAGCUGGUACAUGAGCUCAAUCAGAACUAUCGAUUAUGGGUUAGCUUUGGACGCUUAUUUAAGGCGGCCAAUUAGGUGCUUCUUGUUUUGUUCGAAUCUAAAGGAAGUUAGAAAGAUUCGUUGGAUGAAGUGUGGUUAGAUAUCUAGUUACGCGCAGUUUAGCCCCUGUUGGAUGGAGGUUUGGGAGGGGCAGAAUGGGUACAAAGCUAAUAUCUAUAGAGGCAAAUUUGCGGAGGUUGUAAAGUUGCUAGUUGUUUGAUAUAGGUCCAACUGUUGUGGUAUGCAUUGCUUCACACAGGGUUGGAGCUUAUUUAUCCUUCUCGAUCAUUAGAUAUUUCAACUUCACGAGAAGUUGAAUUAGAAUAUGUGCAUAGCUAGCGGCUAAACCAAACUCUUCAAUGAAACAUUGCGGGAGAAGUCAAUAAACCUUGAAGCUAGUUAUUCCGACAUAGACUAAUGUUUAUGCAUUGUACUGAAAAUGAGUAGUUUGUGUUCAUUUGUCACAUUCAAUGUGACGCCCGAAAAUUUUCGGAACAUCAAAUAUUAUUAUUAAAUAAAUACAAGAUUUUUGUAAGGUUGUAAGCA